AUGGUGAAAUGCAAAGUUAGAACUAGACAUAAAGGACACGUGAUGUCGCCACCGGCAUCAAGAUGUGGUCCUUAUUGUGGAACAGGCGUGUGCCCACCCCACUGCCCCUACCAUGGCUGCACACCGCCACCGCCACCGCCGAUACAUCACCACCCUCCUCCACCGCAUCAUCACUAUCCACCACCGCAUCAUCACUACCCACCCAAUCAUCACUAUCCUCAUCCACCGCCACCAAACUAUCCACCACACCAUCAUCACAACCACCCUCCGGGAGCCAUACCCAGAGAAUGGUUGCGAUAA